CCCCCGACUCAAAAGUUCCCCUUGUCAGCCAUUCGCUUUGGUUACUUUACCCUUUGAUUACACUGUCAAAUGUUGCGCACUUUUACUAAAUCAACAUCACUUUUGACAAAGCCUCUUGCUUCUACCAAAACAGCCACUCGCGCUUUUACUGCUUCUAUUCACAGUCCAUCUAUUUACAACACUGAGAAUGAUCAACAAACAGCUCCUAUUGUCGCUCUUGGAGCACGUCUUGGACUUCAACUCGAUACUGCUCUUCUUAAACAAGCACUCACUCACAAAUCAGUUACCGAUGCCAACCAUAAUGCCAGCUUAGAAUAUAUUGGUAAAAGAGUCGUUGGUCUCUUUGCUACUGAGCACUUGCAUUGCAAAUAUCCUUCUUUACAUCCUGAAGCAUUUGGCACAGCUCUUGGUGCUUAUGUUGGAAAUAAGUCUAUUGCCAAACUAGCUUCUGAAGUUGGUUUGCAACACACAAUUCAAUGGAAGGCACCAGAAGACAACAGUGUUAAAUUGGGCCACAGUACAGUAAUGGCUGAUUGUAUGAAUGCUUUAAUUGGUGCUGUCUAUCAAUCUCAGGGACAAGAAGCAGCCAAGAAGUUUGUGCAUGAUUUUAUCUUGUCCCGUGAUUAUGAUAUUCGACCUAGCAUUAAAGUAAAGGAACCCAAGCGUCAUUUAACAGCCUUAUUGAAGCAAUUAAACAAGAAGCCUGCUGUUUCUCGAUUGCUUUCAGAAACAGGUCGUGCUUCUUCAGCUCCUGUGUUUGUCGUUGGUGUCUUUUCUGAAGACGAAAAGUUAGGCGAAGGAUUUGGUAGUUCUCUAAAGAUGGCUGAAUUCCGGGCAUGUCAAGAUGCUUUAGUGUCCUUUUACGGUAAAGAACAGAAACAUUUCACAUUGCCUUCAGAUGCCGAAAAUGUAGAUAAAUACACGCCUAGUCCUUUGGGAAACACACAAGCUAUUGUUUAAACCUGUCUACAUUUUUUUUUUUAUUCAGUUCAAUUUUUAGAUGCACUUGUAGAUGAUAAUAUGAAAAAUAAACUGUAUGUUAAUUGUAUUGAAAGCA